ACUGAGCUCGCGUAAAUAAAUUCAUACAGCAAUCACGAUACAAAACAACAAGAAGGAGAGUUGCAUGCAGUUUACGAACUAGACAGGACGACAACAUGGCCGCUCCGUUGGCGUUUUUCGACGACCAAGGUGAUCCACACACCCCAAGUAAUGAAGAAUGGCCGGAAUUUAUCGAGUUCAGAAGUUCCCCAGCAGAUGUUCUCAAUUCCAACGGCAACGGAGAUGCAUUCCCAGUGUUGUCGAUCAAAGAGGAAAUAUGUCCGGACAAUUUUAACGAACGAACGAUGUCGAUUGAGGAUUUGGUGAACAACUUCGAUGACAAAUUGGCGGUGUGCUUCAGAAAUUACAAUCUGAACACGGAAAGAAUUGCUCCGGUCAAAAUUCUUACACAGGAGGAGGUUAUGAAAAAUUGCAAAAUAUGGAAGAAAGUGACAGACAACAUGGGCCAAGUAAUGCCGCUAGACUGGAAGAACUCACACACAAGAAAACUACACAUGCCAACCCUCAACUUGUGUACAAACCAGAGAAAUGGCGACAAUCUUGACCUACCAGAGGACCAUGAACUGACCCAAUGUUUUGACAUGCAUUCCAUGGUACUGUCCUCCAUGCCACCUGAAGACCAAGAUCCCUCCGUUACAGCAGAUCGAGUUAUUGAAGAAAUAGAUGAGCUUUUCCAGUCGGAUUCUUCACCCGAUGACCAAGUCGACGAGGACUCAUUAUCAAACAUCUCCCGUGAGUUACAAGCUCUUAGAGAGCGCUCCAUCACCACCAGCAGCUACGAGGAAAGCCAGCUUGCCCAAGGAUCACCAGAGCUGAAGUGCAUGUCGCUGUCCGAACUAAAUGAACUCCUUGAGGACCUAGAGGCAACCGUCAAGGACUACUCAGAAGCCUUGGUCACGGAGUUGGCCCUACGCGAAGACCUCUACUUCGAGAAAGAGACAAAGAAUCAAUUCAUUUCAGCGUUGGUGGCCGUGCAGAAUAAGGUCAAAGGGUUCAAGAAGCAGCCGCAGACGGCUAAUAAGAAGAAGGGAAAGAACAGCGUGGAGCCAGGAAUGUACCUUACAACCAGAAUACCGUACCACAAAGGAUCUGGGACUCCUGACUGCAACAUGUUGCAAAAAGUCACCAAAAUUCUGAGAGCAAUCAACGACGAUAGCAAAGAUGUACCCGACCUACUGACCAACUACAUCCUGAAAGUUUUGUUCAAACCGGAGAAGGAUGGAGAUAUUCCAUUGCCGUUGCCCAUGGAGAUGCAGGUCAGGUAAAAGAUCAGAGGUAACUGGCCCAAGGUCAUGUAACCAACUCAUCAUCAUCAUCUUGCCCAUUUUACUGAAUAGGCCCCGCCCCCUAGGGCGGGAAGGAAAUCUUGACUGUAGUAGGUAAGACGCCAAAUGGCUGCACGUUUCGUUUUUCUUCAGCAGCAAAAAUGGUCAUACGAUUUUGUUUGUUUUCCGAGUCACGCUGCGAUUCAUCAGCCACGGUACCGCAACGAGGGCGCCCUUUUCACUCCGAAUGAUUAAACAAGUCCGUAGUGUAUUAACUGUGUAGAGAAAGUGGUGUAGCAUUGUGUAGUAAAGCAUUGUACUGUGUUGGUAUAACACCCCCUAUGCAGGGUUCUUUAUAGUUUAGGAUCUAGAUGUCAUCUCUAUUCAUAUUUAUAAAAAACUUAAAAACAAGUAUGGCGAACUUAUAAACAAGUACGCUUUCAUUUACUGUUGCUCUUUUUGUAAAAAUUAAUAUAUAUUAAGUGGACCUUACUGGACAUUUUUUGAUCGUUUUUAAGAAUCGUUGCGAGAGUGCGUACUCUCAAUCCGGUGUAUUCAUUUUCAGCUGAAACGAAAAACGAAUGCCAGUGAUUGGAUAAACACAAGAGAAAAUUUUAUGUUUACUUUUUGUAUUUUUAAACCUUAUGUUGACUUGAAUUUUAUAUAUGUUAUGUAAAUUUGUGUAUUAUAAAACAAAUUGAAUUAUUAAUAAGAUGCCCAAAGAUUUAUCCUCAUUGAAAAAAAGUUAUAUUGUUAAUGGAUUAUUGAAGUGAGUAUUAUACACUUUUUAAGCCAAUAUUAUUUUUUGUUGACA